AGAAUUUUCUUUUUAUAAAAAUCGCCGCAGUCAGUAGAGAGGAACAACACGUUGAAGUUCACAAAAUUACUAGAUAUAAAGGUGAUAUAGUCUAAGAUAAAUACAAUCCACAAAUUUAAAAACACGUGAAUUAUUAUUUAUGUGAAUAUUACUUUUGUGUUGUGUAUAAAUAGUUAGUUAGUGAAUUGAAGUCAUUCCUUUGCAACAGCUGUGAAAAAUGUUUAAAAAGAGUGCAAAAAACGAAAAAAACAAUUCCAAAGAAGCAAAUAACAAUGCACUGGUGCGUCAGGAUCCACGCUUGAAAGUGCGUACCGCCACUGCGCAUUCGGAGACAACAAAUACGACCGAAAAAAGUGCAACAAUUUUCGACAAUGAAAGAGGCAAAGUGACUCAUCAAACGGUAAGGCAAACGGUGACGAAUCAAAAGACCGCUCGCAUCACUGAGACUUUAAUACGUCGCACGCCCACAAAAGAAGAAUUGGAGGAAUUGUUAAUGACGUCUGGUUCCUUUACAAAUUUUACCAAACCCUCAUCGCAGUGGACCAAACAGGAGACUACAGUUACGCAAACAAAUGGCCGCACGCAAACCUCAUUUGUACAACAUCAAAAACCGACAUUUCCACAGCCGACAACAACGACGAUGGGGUCGGGGUCGUCAUGGAAAGGCAUCACUAAUAGUAAGCCAUCAUCAACGUUAGUUGUACAUGCCGACAACUAUGACCCAAAGUCAAUGCUUAGGGCUCUGCCACCACUUACCACCUCUACGCCAGUAACUACCUCCUCACUAUUAAAUAAACCAAUUCGCAAUACAACAAGCAUCUCUAGCGGAAGUAAGAUUACGGCCUCAAAAUUAGGUACGAGCUCUAGUGACAAUAGUAUUGCCAGCAAGAGAGCAGCAUUUUUUAAUGUAAAACCAACAACAACACCUACCACUUCAACGUCUAUAACUAGCUCAUCACUAUUGAAUAAACCAAUACGCGCUACAACAACAAUAGGCGUCUCUCCUCUGCUAAGCAGUUAUAGUUGCAGUCAAAAUGGUAGCGGAAGUAAAACGACUCUCCCAAAAUUAGGUUCGAGCUCUAGUGACAAUAAUAUUACAAGCAAGAAAACAUCAUUUUAUAAUGCAAAACCAACGACAACAAUCACACCAUUGUCCAACACAGCCACCGGUUAUGUUUCACCAUAUGCCAACAGGCAAUAUAGAUCACAAGAUGCGGUUGGUUACUUCUCAAGUACGAAACCCACAAACUCAGCCAGUUCAACAUAUCUCUCAACGGGUUUGAUCACUACAAUCCCGCCAACAACAAAGACUUUGCAGCAAAGCAGCAGCUCUAUACUACCGAGCAAACCACCGAUACCAACUCUGUUUCAGCCUCAAAAGUCACUAAGUGCAAGUGAGGUCAAAAUCAAGUCUAAUCUAAAUCCAGGUUACGCUGUGAUUUUCAAUACUGUGGACUUUCAGGAUAAAGAGAGAUUUGGCAAGCGUGAUGGCAGCGAUUAUGACGCGAAACUUCUAAAAGAAACGUUGGAGAAGUACAAAUUGAAUGUGAACACUAAAAAGAAUCCCACUGUGAAUAAUAUUAAGGAUACUAUUAAGAAAUUGACAACUAAGAAUUUCAGCAAAUAUUCUUGCCUAGUAAUUGUUAUACUAAGCCAUGGAAGUGCAAAUGAUUUGAUUGCGGCCACCGAUGGAGUAUACAAUAUGAACGAAGUCAUACUUUAUCCAAUACUAGAUAUACCAACUUUGAAGGAUAAACCGAAAAUAUUCAUUAUACAAGCCUGUAAAGGCGACCUAGUACCAGGUGAAUACAAAACGGAUGCGUAUACGACACGGGGACCACCCACUGAAAUACUAAAAUGCUACAGUACUUUUGAAGGUUAUGUCUCAUACCGCGGUGAAACUGGCAGCCCAUUCGUCCAAGCCUUAUGCGAUGAAGUAAAGCUUAAAGGAGAUAAUACAGAUAUAGAACAGCUCAUGAAGAACGCCAUAGAAACUGUGAAGACUAAAACUAGCAUCCACAAUAAUUAGAAGAGUUUGAAAUACUACUAGCCGUGUCUUCUUUCAAAAAUAUGUAAAGACUGGGUCUAUAAAACGCAAAGCUGGUUCCGGACGCCUGAAGAAGACUACCGUCAAGGAUGACCAUUCGGAACACAUCCAAAACAGUUGAAGACAUUGGAAUCGAAGUUCGGUAACUGAAUGGAACCGAAAUCAGCAUGCGGAUUGUACGACGGUGCCUCCAAACAACCGGACUAACUGCCCGUCGGCCAGCCAAAAAUCCACUAUUGUCGGUAAAACUGCGAAAAACACCUCCAGUGGGCUAAAUUGCACAAAACUUGAACCAAAGAGGAUUGGAGAAAAGUCAUAUUUUCAGAUGAAUCCAAAAUUAACCACUUCGGUUCAGACAAAAUGUCGCACGUUCGCCGAAAAGUUGGUAAACGUUUCUAUAAUGCGUGUGUCAGACAUACCGUUAGGCAGGGGGGGAGCCUAAUGAUGUGUGGUGGUGUUUUUCUCAACGUGGUGC